CAGCCAAAAAUUGACCCGAAAUAAAUCCGCCCAAAUCUGUGCUUAAUGGACUUAAUCAUCGAUGAAGAAUAGCCUCGGGCCAAAUCUGUGAUCUGCAGCCUAAAAAAUCCAAAGAAAAUGGCCUUUCGACGUCCACAAAAUUACGAAAAUGUCAUCCGAAAAUUAAUUAGCCCAAAUCAAUGCUUAAUGGACUUAUCAUCCGUGGAGAAUAGGAUCAAUAGACUUUAUUAUCGAUGGAGAAUAGCCUCGCCCUAAUUCUGGGAUCUGUAGCCUCCAGAAUCGAAAGAAAAUGGCAUUUCAGAACAAUCGCCCAAAUCUGUGAUGGUACACCUUUGCAAUCUGCAAAAAAUUGACACGGAAUAAAUUAUCCCAAAUCGGUGCUUAAUGGACUUAAUCAUCAUUGAAGAAUAGUCUCAGGCUGAAUCCGUGAUCUGUAGACUUCAAAAUCCAAAGAAAAUGGUCUUUCGUCGACCACAAAAUUACGAAAAUGUCAUCCGAAAAUAAAUUGGCCGAAAUCGGUGUUAAAUGGACUUAUCGUUCGUGAAGAAUAGUAUCAAUAGACUUAUUUAUCGGUAGAGAAUAGCUUCGGCCAGAUCCCAUGAUUUGAAGGCUCAAGAAUCGAAAGAAAAAUGGCAUUUCGGAAAAUCGCUCCAAGAUGGUACCCUUUUGGAAUUUGCCAAAAAUUGACCCGGAAUAAAUCCGCUCCUGACUCGUAGAAGCCCUAAGCUUUACCCACACAUUCAACAUCAACAGCAAUUCGAUCUUACAGCCAUUCUUCAACUCCGGCAGAAGCCGCCUGCCGUCCUCGCCGUUGGCCGGGGAAAGAAGUCUUGCUGCCGGGAAAACCAGCGAUUCGCGUUCCAAAACUAAAACCAAUUAUUCUUUAUUUAAAUUCAAGGCUUUCAUUAAAUUGAAGGCUCACAGGAAGAAAUAAUCCGCCGCCGGUUUGGGAGGGGGUAGACGUACGUACGGAUAAACUGGGCUUUCGUUUGACAAAAGCGCAGAACACUUCUUCUCUAUUUAACAGAAUAGAAGGCCCAUAAGUUUGAUAAACCGAUGGCGUUUCGUGGGGGAGGGCAGGCCUACGGCUGGCGAAAACGGGAAACCCGAACAAAAUAGCGAAACGGGUAUCAGAAACGGGCGAAACGGACCAGAAAGGAUUCUUCAUUAAUUUAAUCGAAGGCCCACAGGAACGAAAACCCCAGCAGCGUUUGGAUCGGGAGGUAGGCGGACGGCCUGGUAAAUCUGGGCUCUCGUUAGACAAAGGGUCCGAAUACCUUUUUCUCUACUUAUCCGAAGGCCCAAAGAACUAAAAGUGGCCUGCCGUUUCGUAAGCAAGGUAGGGGUAGGCCGGCGAAAACAGGAAAGCCCUGCAGAUCGGAGAAACGGGCACCAGAAUCGAUCGAAACGCGAAACGUUUCUAGUCCUCAAAACCAAAAUAGAAACGCGAUAAUUUGACGAGAAAUUGAAAUUGACGAGAUAUCACGAUAAAUCGAUUUAUCGUGAUAUUUAUGCGAUAUAUUGACUUUUGUGCGAUAUAUUGACCUGGUAUGAGAGAAUCGAAGCCUUCCACCUCCUCCACCAGACCACUCCUUACGUCGCCUUCGGGUUCAUGGCCGCAAACGAAGCCAUCUCACAGGCAGCUCAGGGAAAAGAAUUCCUCCACAUCAUUGACCUCGGCAUGUUCCAUACCCUUCAAUGGCCUUCGCUCCUCAGAACCCUCGCUUCCAGAGCAGAAGGACCUCCGAAGAAAAUCAAAAUCACUGGAUUAACCAACAAUCCGGGGAAUCGGAAAUCAAUCAUGGAAUUGGAUUCCAGGAUGAAAUCCUUAACUAUUGAGGCACAAUCCCUCGGAAUCCCCGAAUUCGAAUUCAACAUAAUAUCCGACUCUGUCUCCCCUGCCCUCUUCACUCCAGAAAAGAUUGGUUUAGAAACAGGGGAAGCUCUGUUCGUCAACAGCGUCAUGAAUCUCCACAAGUUCUUUAAAGAAAGCAGAGGCUCACUCAAAGCAAUCCUUCAGGCUAUCAAGAAACUGGGUCCCGCUUUGCUUACCGUCGUCGAGCAAGACGCGAACCACAAGUCCACAAUGGGCCCUUCUUUCUGGAGAGGUUCCUGGACUCUCUGCAUUACUACUCUGCCAUUUUCGAUUCCCUGGAGGCGAGUUUGCAGCGGAACAGCGUGCAGAGGGUGAGGAUGGAGAAGUACCAUUUCGCGGAAGAGAUUAAGAACAUUGUGGCCUAUGAGGGUUCGGAUCGCGUCGAUAGGCACGAGCGGGCGGAUCAGUGGCGAAGGCAGCUGGGGAGAGCUGGGUUCCAGGCGGCAGGGUUGAAGUGUAUGAGUCAAGCGAGGAUGAUGCUCUCGGUUUACGGGUGCGAUGGGUAUACUCUGGCGAGCGAGAAAGGUUUCUUGCUUUUGGGUUGGAAAGGUAGGCCGAUUAUGCUGGCUUCAGCUUGGCAAGUUCAUCCUCAUAGUGCUUCUUCAGCUGGUUCUUCCUUUGUUCGGGUCUCUGUCAUGUCGAAAAACUGAAAAUUCUUUCUUUCUUCGUAUGUUAGGAUGAUUUAUUGUAUGGGUAAUGCAAUAAGAUCGAACUUGCCCUUGUUUUCAGGACUCUGUUUUUAUGUUCUGACUUCUGAGCAUUGUCGAAAGUUUACAAAUGGAUGUAUGAAUGAUAAACUGAAUUGCUAUUCGUCGCCUUAAUAUUUAAAUUUUAUCGCCCUAAAACACAUUAAGUUGACACAUUUAUUUUUAGCCCUAAUUUCUAACUGAACACUAAACAAACAAUCUCUAAAUCUCAUGAUCUCACUCCAAACCCGACCCCCGCCCCUACAUCUGGGCAGAAAAAUUGGACACUCACCCCUACAACAUAGACGAAGUAGCUGUAGCUCUGGCGCCGAGCGAGCUCUAGUGCCUCAGCUCCGCCAUGACCCGCUUCGGACUGAAAGACGCCAACUCUUUGCUUCAGCUCCGCCAUGAACCACCUAACUUUCUGCUGCUACUACUUCCCCUGUCGUCCGCCGGAGAGACAAGAAGAAGAAGAAUCGGGAAAUUAAGGGAAUUUUCCCCGGCCGUCGUCUCUUUGCUUCCUUCCAGAUUUCUGUUUCAGUUCUCUCUCGCUGAGUCUGGGAUCAAAGUCCUUGUGAAGUUCUUGUGUGUUAACCCAACCCAGCUAGACAGAUCGAGUUGUCGCAGAAUAAAUGAAAUAAGGGCCAAUUCCAUGAUUAUGGAUACAGUGAUUCAUAAAAAAUUAUGGAUAUAGUGAGGUGAUUUGGUCAUUUCUUAUUGUCGCAGACUCGCAGAAGAACAAUUGUAAUCAGUAUAUGGUACUAGUUUUGAUUUUGGAUUUAUCCGUAGAAUUGAUUUGUUAGUUCAUCAUUUGGUUAUGGGUUUAUGCGUUUAAAAUACAAAUAAAUGAAUUGAGGGCAUUAGAGUAAAAUUAAUUAAGUUAGGGCGACGAAUAAGGAUUUUUAGGGCGAUGAAUAGCAAUCCCCAUGAUAAAUACCUGGUUAAUUGCAUGAUUGGUCACUGAGAUUACAAAAAACGUUCAAGUUUGAU